AUGGCUGUCUCUACACCUCCGGUGAUCUCUGCAACUUCCUGUAGCACUGGUGUCUCGGGGAGCUUAUUUUGGGCAGAACCUCACUACUUGACUCCGGGAGAAUUCUCUUGUCUCACCCCCAAUAUGAUAAACAGUUUCAGGUCCAAAUACCACAGCAGCAGUGUGGGGGGCAGGGCAGGUAGUGGUAGAGACAUCAGCAGCAGCAGCAACACCAACACCAGCACCAAUGAGUGCUGGAUGAUCAACAUGAAUGGGGUAAAGUUGGCUUCGUUCCUGAUGGACGGCCAGGAACUGAUCUGCCUGCCCCAAGCGUUUGAUCUUUUUCUCAAGCACCUGGUAGGGGGAUUGCACAUGGUGUACACGAAGCUGAAAAGACUGGACAUAUCCCCCAUAGUGUGUACUGUUGAACAGGUAUGGAUCCUCCACAGGCUGGGGGCCAUCCAGCCCGGGGUGAACCGCUGCAAACUCAUUACCAGGAAAGACCUUGAAACUUUGUUCACCAAUUGCACCAAUGCCAGGUGA